CUUGAAUGUGGAUGCAGGCAGAAGACUCCGCAUCUAUCUGCGUUUUACGCACGGCCUGGAAUUGAAGGAGAGCCUGUGGGCCGGCCUGUCCAAGGCGCGGGUCUGCUGGCGCCGGCUCCGCACAUUCCUGCUCCUGCUUAGUAAUUUCAUGCUUCCAAAAUGGGACAUAAAGUGGUCGUAUUCGACAUUUCCGUCGUCAGAGCCUUGUGGGAAACUCGUGUCAAGAAGCACAAAGCCUGGCAGAAGAAGGAGGCCGAAAGGCUUGAGAAAAGCGCUCUGGAAAAGAUAAAGGAGGAGUGGAACUUCGUGGCCGAGUGCAGGAGGAAAGGCAUUCCCCAGGCCGAGUACUGCAAGAACGGCUUCGUAGACACCAGCGUGAGGCUGCUGGAACGGAUCGAAAGGCGCUCUCUAGCUGUGCAGAGCGCGCUUUCCAAGGAGAGAGACAAACGGAGCAGUGAGUUUGUGUUUGAACUUUCCGGGGAUCACUGGAAGGAGUUCCCAGAUUCUUUGAAGGAGCAGACGCAUCUGAAAGAAUGGCACAUCAGCAAUACUCUGAUUCAAAUCAUUCCUAAGUAUAUCGAACUGUUUCAAGCCAUGAGGAUUCUGGAUCUGCCAAAAAACCAGAUCUCCCGUCUUCCAGCUGAAAUUGGUUGUUUGAAGAACCUCAAGGAACUCAAUGUGAGUUUCAAUCGUCUGAAGAGCAUUCCUCCAGAACUGGGAGACUGUGAAAAUCUAGAGAAACUGGAUUGUUCUGGAAAUCUAGAAUUAACUGAGCUCCCUUUUGAAUUAAGUAAUUUGAAGCAAGUUUCAUUCGUAGAUAUCUCAGCAAACAAGUUUGCCAGCGUCCCGAUCUGUGUCCUGCGGAUGUCUAAUUUGCAAUGGUUGGAUAUCAGCAACAAUAACCUGAAUGACCUGCCACAAGACAUAGACAGGCUAGAAGGACUGAAGACCUUUCUCCUGUACAAGAACAAGCUCACCUACCUUCCUUAUGCCUUGCUUAACCUAAAGAAGCUCACCUUGUUAGUCGUCAGUGGGGACCACUUGGUGGAGCUCCCAACAGCCCUCUGUGACUCCUCCACACCUUUAAAAUUUGUAAGUCUUAUGGACAAUCCUCUUGAGAAUACCCAGUGUCAAGAUGGCGAUGAAAUGGAGAGUGAACGAGAUCGCCAACAUUUUGAUAAAGAAUUUAUGAAAGCCUAUAUUGAAGAUCUUAAAGAAAGAGAAUCUAUUCCCAGCUAUACCACCAAAGUAUCUUUCAGCCUUCAGCUUUGAUGCCAUCCAUCAGAAGACUACAGAAUUUUCCUGACCUGUGGAGCUGUAAAUCUUCCUGUUGUGGGAUGUCAUAGAGGAAUAAUAGCUUGGGCUUAAAGGCAAAGUCUAGAAACCACUGUCAUAGUUGUUAGGAAAAAUGAUUUUCAAAUUUCAAAUAUGUGAAUACCUCUCUCUGUGGACUGGAGAAUCGAUAAAUGGGUUUAUAUAUUGAUAUUUAAAGGUUCAUUUCCAUUUACUUGUUUCCAAAUAAUACACAUUUAAUGUUUUAAAAAAUAUGUUAUUUUAAAAAAUUAUCACUUAAAAGACCAAAUUUUGAAGUUGACUGCAUUGUUUUCGGAGAUCCAGGGAUAAAGGGGUGUUGAAAAGAGUAUUUAUAUUGAAUUAGUCAGAUGAGAGUUUAUUUUGUUAUUUUGAAAGAGUUUUAAUGCAUCAUUUCUUUUACUGAGGACGGUUUUCCUUGGGUUUAUAUACAUUGUUAUUUUCGUAUGUUUUAAGUUGUAUUUUACCAAGUUUAGGCUUUCAGGAAAGACUUUAGGUAUAAUCUGGGCCUUGAAGGUAGAAGGACGGGCUGGAUUGUCUGCCCAGGCACUGGGCUCAGAUGGUGCCCUGGUGGCUCUAGUGGAGGACGUGUGGACCUGGCUGGUCAAGGGAAGCCUGGUGGGGCCUCCAUGGAUGGUCAGCCUGCCACGAGUGGGCCUCCUGGGGUCCCAGGAUGCAUGCUGGAGCACAGAGCAGAGGCAUUGUCUCUGGGGACCCGUCCUCCAAGAUGGUCAUAUAAGGUAGCGGGAAGGACUAGUCCACACUGAUGAGGAAUCAGUCCCCCGCAAGGCUUCCCUGCAGGUGCCUCAGGAAGAGUUUGCUCACAGGUGAGCCACUGUGGUCCAGAGAGAGCAGAGGAGACUGAGUUUACAUGGGCAAAGAAGGAGUUCAUUAGAGGGCUUUGAACUUUGAUAUCACAUUAUAGGAUUUGGAGAAAUUAUACAAAUAUCUUUUUUUUUUUUAAUUUUAAAAUCUUUAAUUCUUACAUGUGUUCCCAAACAUGACAAAUAUCUAUUUUUAUACUAUUAUCUUGAGCUAAAAUAAACAAGAUUGUGAAUAUGUUGAAGAUAUGUUUAAACAAGUAACUUUUGUGACUUAAGAUGGAAAAAUUGCAUAUAUUCAUAUAUGUUUAUAUCAAUCCACCCCUCUGUGGUCUAGCUGAACACUGUCCAGUAGAACUUGCUGCUGUGAAGGAAGGGCUCUGUAUCUGUGCUGUCUAAUUUAGUAACUGACAGAUGUAUGUGCUUCUUGAGCUCUUGAAGAAUGUCUGGUGUGACUGAAGAACAAAUUUUUAAUUACACUUAAAUUUAAAUAGCUAAAGGUAAAAAGCUGUACCAUAUUGGACAGCACAAGUCAGGUCAGUUGGGUUUUUCAGAAGUUAAUCAGGACUAGAAGUGGGCAAUUUUUAUUUCUUUAUCUGAAAAACCAAAGGGGUUAAUACUGACACUCAAUAUUUUGUCUUCAUAGGUUUAAUCAUACUUCUAAAUAUUUUAUUCUCAACAGAUAUAGAGCAGGCAGAACAAUCUAAAGCCACAUAGUAAUGGUUCCAUAGAGCACUGCUCGAACUUAAAGGCAAACUCUGAGAGGUAGGUUAAGAGAUGAAAAGAGUAGGAGAGCCUCUUUUCUCAGUUAAGUGAGAAGUCACUUUAAUUGAACCUCAAACAGUUGUGUUUUUAUUUAUACACUUUACAAAUAAAAUGCAAACUUAUCAGUUGUACUGUGUGAAUGAUUUUGGAAUUUUAUUUCAUGCCACAGUAUAUGUUACAUAACAGCCAAAUGGAAAAUGUAUCUCAAAAGGGGGGAAAUGAGGGCUUUUACAUAAAUUGACUGUCCAUACCUCAUGUAAAAUUUAUUUCAAUAAAACCAGUCUUUUGUGCAAAAAAACCCCUUAUAUCAAUGUUACAUAAAAAUAACUGAAAAAGUACUGAAUACAUUGAUAUGUAAUUAUUUCAUAUUAUAUAACAUCCCAUAAUGUUUAUUAUGUU